GGAAGAGGAAGGAGGUGGCGGUGCACGGAGGACGAAGAGGCGGAGGAGGCAAACGAGGAGGCAAGGGGGCUGCUUCACGCUGGGCUACCGUGGGAGAGUCGCACGCGAGGGCAGCUCCCAGCAAGCGCAAGACUAAAGCGGAAGCCCUGGAGUACGUGUGGAGCAUCUUGCAGGGCGUGGAGGAGGAGCAGCAGCAGGAGGAGGAGUUCAGGGGAUUUGAGCUGAGGGAGGUGCACAAGGCCAGGAUGGCGAUGUUCAGGCUGGAGCGCAGAGCCACCGCCUGCAAGGAGGCCCUGAGGGUGGUGCUCCAGAGGAUACGUGGAGGCUCCUCCGUGCCGCCGGCCUCCUCCGCCCAGGCUGCGGCGGUGUCGCUCAGCGCUCGCUCUCGCUACGGCCUGCGGCAGCGCGAGAGGAAAGUCUACACAGAGGUGGAGGAGCCCCAGGACGACGACUUCUUCUUCUGCGAGCUGUGCAGGGAUUUCUACCUGGGGGAGUGCUCCGUGCACGGCCCGCCAGAGUUCAUCGCGGACGCGGCCGUGACCCCGGGAGUGGCCGACAGGGCCCGGCUCAGCCUGCCCCAGGGCCUCACCGUCGGCGCCUCCUCCAUCGCCGGCGCCGGCCUCGGGGUGUGGAGCAACAGGAAGAAGCUGCCCAAGGGGGUGAUGUUUGGGCCCUACCAGGGAGAGGUGUCUGAGGAGAACCCCGUGAGCGAGUACUGCUGGCUGAUUUACAAAAACAAAAAGGAUCGUGAAUAUGUUGAUGCUCAGGAUGAAUCAAAAUCAAAUUGGAUGAGGUUCGUCAACUGCGCGAGGAAUGAGCAGGAGCAGAACCUGGUGGCCUUCCAGCACCGGGGGCAGAUUUACUACCGCACGUUCCGUGCCGUGGGGCCCGGCUCUGAGCUGCUGGUCUGGUACGGCGAGGAGUUCGCCCAGGAGCUGGGCAUCGCCUGCGAGGCCGGGCCCUCGCGACGCAGCAGCAGCAGCAGCAGCGAGUUGGCUCCCAGGGCCACCGCCAGAGACCUGCAGCCCGUGCAGCCUCCACCAAGCGAGGAACACUGUGGAGUGGGUGUGGAGGUCACAAGGCUGCCGUGUCCUGCCUGCAACCGUCAGUUCAUCUGCCGCUCUAGUCUAGAGCAUCACGUGCAGAAAAGACACGCCCCUAAGCCCAGUAACAAAAGUCAUCAGUGUGACCAAUGUCCAUACAGCACAGACCGCAAGAGUAGCUUGAAGAUACACCAGAGAACACACACGGGAGAGAAACCGUUCAAGUGCACCGUGUGUGAGAAGGCGUUUGCACAACUACCAGAUCUUCACAGGCACCAGAGAACACACACGGGAGAGAAGCCGUUCAAGUGCACCGUGUGUGAGAAGGCGUUUGCAGACCCAUCAACUCUUCACAGGCACCAGAGAACACACACGGGAGAGAAGCCGUUCAAGUGCACCGUGUGUGAGAAGGCGUUUGCACAACUACCAGAUCUUCACAGGCACCAGAGAACACACACGGGAGAGAAGCCGUUCAAGUGCACCGUGUGUGAGAAGGCGUUUGCACAACUACCACAUCUUCACAGCCACCAGAGAACACACACGGGAGAGAAGCCGUUCAAGUGCACCGUGUGUGAGAAGGCGUUUGCACGGCUAUCAACUCUUCACAGCCACCAGAGAACACACACGGGAGAGAAGCCGUUCAAGUGCACCGUGUGUGAGAAGGCGUUUGCACGGCCAUCAACUCUUCACAGCCACCAGAGAACACACACGGGAGAGAAGCCGUUCAAGUGCACCGUGUGUGAGAAAGCGUUUGCAGACCCAUCCAGUCUUCACAGCCAUCAGAGAACACACACGGGAGAGAAGCCGUUCAAAUGCACCGUGAGUGAGAAGGCGUUUGCACGGCCAUCAACUCUUCACAGCCACCAGAGAACACACACCGGCCAGAAUGCAUUUUCUCAUCCACGUGGAAACAGAAAAGUCAGCCAUCCUGAGCACAAAGCGCACAACGCCGAGCUGUGAAUUAGUUUCCAACAACAGGCCACGUGAUUAGCCGAGGCUGUGCCACUCUUGAAACUGAUUUUGAAUGUGAACACGGAAACCUACGGAAUCCUCCUACACCUGCCUCACACCCUGUGGGGGGCGGGAGAUUAAACCGACCCGGCCACCCCUCGAUUGCAAGUGCGGAGUUCUCGGUACCAACCACUGCACGUCCCCCACCUCCACCCCCACCACCUGGGGGUCCCUGUGUGUGUGAGUGUGCAGAGUCCCCCGUGCAGAGCUGCACUGUUGUUACCCUAGAGGGGGGCACCGCAGGGCGAUCCACCUACAGAUACCCCAGUCUGCACGUCUCCCGCCGGUCUCCGUGAGCACCGCGUGCCGUCUCGUAGCCCUGCCCCGUGCGACGUACGUACAGUACGUACAGUGCGUACCCAUCCAGCGGUAGGCCGAACCGCGGCCGAUGACGAAGGCGGCGUCCGCUCACGAAUCUCCGUGCACUCAGUCCCGUAGCCCCGAGCCAUCGCUCGCGCGAUAUUCACUUUGCUGCUG